CCCCCCACCCCAGCCAACAUCACUCUUCUGCUGCUGCUGCACACCAGACGCAUACAGACACGCAUACAUACACACAACCAAUCAUCUUCUAUUCGCUAACGUCGUCGUCCGGGUGGCAGCAGCAUCCCAGGCAGCCGCGCGCACUACAGACACGCUUUCGUUCCGUAGCCGGACGCUAGAUUUGUCGUCGUCGUAAUCUCGCGGAUAUCACAUCUCGGAAGUCGCGCAGCAGCUAGCGAAAUGCAGAAAUCGGCCAGCAGAUCUCCUACCGCUAUUCGUGAACGAACUCGGCUUAUACUUGAUUGGGACAAGACCUCACCUCGCCAUCACCCUUACCGCAUGAGACGUCUCAGUGGUGGAUCUACUUGCUCAUCUGAUUGUUCCCAACCAAGCCCAAGUUCAGUAAGCUCCUUGCCUGAUUCACCACAUCCGGCCAUCCGGACCUCAAGAGACAUACAAAUUUUUGAACGACUUCGUCGUGUAGUACCGGCAAUCAGCUCGGAAAGGAAUGCUUUCAGGAUACUUGUCGACUAUGUCUCACAAGUGAUGGAACUUGAACAGAGGCUUGAUGAACCUGAUGAAAAGGUGGACGUAAAACCACAAGUAACUCCGAUGAACAUGCCUCCUCAGUUCAGAUAUGGAUACAUGUACCAUAUUCCACCACCAGGAGCCCAUAAUAAUGAGAUAUUCCCAGAUGACCUGGCUGGUGUCGACGUGAGCGCUUUCAAGCAUUUGAUCUGCUCCCAACCAUUUCGUAUCGAUGCCACACUUUUUCAAUAA